CCUCCCUCACUUCUGUCAAUUUUUUUCUGUUCACCAAUACCCAAGAUAUCCCUUUUGCUUUUCACCUACAACAAUGUCGGAAGCUUCAACUGUCCAUGUGUCGGGCAUCUCUGCCCAGACUACUGACUCCGAGGUCCAGGAAUUCUUCAGCUUCUGUGGCAAGAUCACCUCCAUCUCGGUCACCCCUGUUUCCGGCGAGAAGGACUCGGCCAAGUCCGCGACCGUGACGUUCGAGAAAGCAGCAGCCGCAAAGACCGCCCUCCUCCUCGACCAGACCCAACUCGGCACCUCAACCGUCCACGUCGAAUCCGCCCAAUCCCUCGACGACAUCGCCGGCCGGCCCACAAGCGCCGGCCCCACGGGCGACCUGAGGGACGAAAACGGGAACGACGUCGCCCAAGAAGACAAGCCGCGCUCGCGCAUCAUCGCAGAGUACCUGGCCCACGGCUACGCCAUCAGCGACACGGCCAUCCAAAAGGCGAUCUCGCUCGACCAGAAGCACGGCUUCUCGUCCAAGUUCACCUCCGCGCUGUCCAACUUCGACAGCAAGAUCAAAGCGUCGGACCGCGCGCGCGGCCUCGACGAGAGCUAUAAGAUCAGCGACAAGGCCGCGAGUGGAUGGCGCGGUCUGCACACUUAUUUCGAGAAGGCCCUCGGCACGCCCUCUGGUCAAAAGCUGCGGGACUUCUAUGCCCAGACUGAUAAGCAGGUGCGCGAUAUUCACACCGAGGCGCGCCGGUUGGCGGACUUGAAGGCUAGUAAGGCUGCUGCUGCUGGCGCUGCUGGCGGGGAGGCCGCGCCGCAGGCUGCUGAUAGUGGUACCGCUGCCGACGUGCCGAUUGCCAAUGCUGCGCCUGAGGUAAACCCCACUGCUGCGCCCCCGUCGGCGGCUUUCCCCGAUGCUGCGGCGCCGCCUGAGAAGUCUUAAAUAAGAAAAGCAAUACGCCGAUUGAGUGUGGUGCUUUCUUUUCACAAAUGACGAUCCUAAUUUGAUUGAUUUGAUGGAUGGAUUGAGGAUGGUUUCGUUCGCGUGUAAUGAUUUGAUGUGAAGCCUGUUUCUUCUUCUUUUUUUCAAAGUUCACAGCUGAGCUGUUUGGAAGCUGUCUGGGACAAGCCUUGUGUUGAAUAGAGCUAGCUACCUAGUUACUUUCUAUCUAACUAGAUAAUAUUGCUCAAA